AUGGCAAUUUCCGGCAUCGUUGGGAUCACCUGCUGCGGGGUGGUGGGCCUUCUGAUCAGCGCCAUGCGCGCCGCUGUGGACGAAGGGCUGGCGUGGGAAGUGCGCUGGGUCUGCUCUGCGGCCGCGCUGGUCGUGGCGAACGUGCUGCUGACGGGCGUGGAGGGCUUUCUCACCUCGUCAUCCAACAGCAACGUCUCCGAUGGUGCCUUGUGGUACGCCGCUGCCUCGGCCCACGCCAUCAAUAACGCCUUCAACUGCCUGCAGGUGGCCUUCCUCUCCCGUCUCUCCGGGCCGCGGUCGUUCCGGCGGCUAGCGGUGGACGCUUUCGAGAGGAUCAACCCCUACACCUCUUCGGAGCUGCAGUGUCGCUACCUGGAGUUUCUGGUCUACCUGGACGAUGCCCAGGUAAAGAGGGUCCGAUGCAGCUAUCUUCGGCACCUCAGAGGAAUGGGCUCCACGAUGGUGCGCUGCCAGGAGGUGCCCGUUGCAGAGGCGUACGUUGGCAGCGAGGGUUUACCCAAUUCUAGGGACGAGCCCAAGCAUCGGUAUGUUGUCUCGCACCCUUGGAUCUCAAAGGAGCAUCCCGACCCCAACGGGGUGCAGUUGUGGGCUCUAGUCGAGCAGCUGGACCUGAUGGAAGCUUCCGACUCCGAUGCUGUGUUCAUCGAUUUUAUGGGCUGCCGCAGCACGACCUCCAGGACCAGGACCUACAGCGUCUGGAGCUCGAGGGGGCGUGGCCGAAUCCUGGGGGGCACCGGUCUGUCCGCAGCGAGGCCGAGGAGGUGCUGUUGA